UGCAGCAGAAGCCUCGUGAUGAGAUUACUUGUGCGAUACUGACUAACAAUGACGCGGGUGCCUGUGAAAUAUGGGUGACGUGACAGCAUCUUACAUGGAUGAGAACGAGAUGAAAAGAUCAUGUGGCCCAAUUUCUCCAAAAUCCAUAUUUUGUGCUUGGUUCUGGCAGUGCUGGCUAUUUUGGCUUUAGUUCACAAUUUCUAUCAAUUAGAGAACCUGAAUACUGCAGGUUUGAAGUGGUUGAUAGAAGAUGAUGACCAGCAGCCUUCAUCACAGGUGACUAAAAUACCCAGAAAAUUGUAUUGUGGUUAUGAGCACCAAGUUUUAUCUAAGAGGGAACGAGAGGAAGAAGAGUCCUUAUUUGCUGCUAUGCGCUGGCCUAAACCUCCUGAGGACAAAAUCCCAUUUGUGAGGAGCACAGAUGCUUCUCAUAGCACUUUUGUGAUAUUAAACACACACAAAAAUUUCAAAGUUGGUGAUCAGUUGGAAGUGUUGGUCCACAUGAAAGAUUAUGAAGGGAAGCCAAAACAGUAUGGUGGAGACUACCUUCAAACAAGAAUCCACUCUGCUCAUCUGAAAGCUGGAGCCACUGGAAGAGUUGUAGAUUACCAGAAUGGAUCUUACAGAGUUUUUUUCACUUUACUUUGGCCAGGGGAGGUCAUGGUAUCUGUGUCUCUGGUCCAUCCUAGCGAAGGAAUCCAAGUCCUUAAGCGUUUGCAAGAAGAAAGACCUGACAGGGCCUACUUCAAAAGCCUGUUCAAAUCAGGGAGAAUUUCAGAAACCACUGUGUGUAAUGUGUGUCUAUCCGGAGACAUGCCAGUCUGUAACUUUACAGAUCUCUACACUGGUGAGCCAUGGUUCUGCUACAAACCAAGAAAAUUGUCCUGUGCCACCAGGAUCAGCCAUUACAAAGGAGGUUAUCAAAAGGGGCUUUUGACCUCAGAGGAAAGUCGCCUUUUCCAAAGUGAUGUGAAUAUUAAAAUGCCAAUACCCUCCAGUGGCCCUGAUACUGUGAUCGUAAGGCCCUUGGGGCAUGCAGAAUUGGACAAUAUGGGAAAAUCUCAAAUCCCUGAUGUAUUUCCUUCUGGCUAUUAUUAUCAAGAUGAAUGGCAAACAAGGACACAAUGGAUUCGACAUUUUAACAAGUCAUCAGAUAUAACUGAAUGUUUACAGGGAAAACUUAUUCACUUGUUCGGAGAUUCUACAAUCAGGCAGUGGUUUGAGUAUCUGACAGCAUUUGUUCCAGAUCUUGUGGAAUUAAAUCUUGGCAGCCUUAAAAAGGUCGGUCCUCUCAUGGCUGUGGACACAAAGCAUAACAUCCUACUAAAGUUCCGCUGUCAUGGGCCACCCAUUCGCUUUUUUACUGUGUUCAGCAGUGAGUUACAUUACAUUGCCAAUGAACUAAAUCGCAUUGUAGGUGGGAGGAACACUGUGAUAGCCAUAACGAUCUGGUCUCACUUCAGUACUUUCCCUGUAGAAGUGUACAUCAGGAGGCUGAGGAACAUUCGCAGGUCAGUUGUUCGACUGCUGGAUCGGAGCCCCAAAACUCGGAUAGUCAUCAAAACCGCCAACGUUCAGGAGCUUGGGCCAGAAGUUAGCCUUUUCAACAGUGACUGGUAUUCCUAUCAGCUUGACACAAUCAUGAGGAAGAUGUUCUCAGGAAUUGGUGUGUACUUUGUGGAUGCUUGGGAGAUGUCACUAGCACACUAUUUGCCACACAAAUUGCACCCAGAGGAUGUCAUUGUCAAAAAUCAGUUAGAUGCUUUCUUGUCUUUGGUGUGCCCACUGGAAACACAUUAUAGCUUCUUAAAAGGAAUACACAAUCAAAUGUGGUCUCUGCUUCUGUAAUUCAGUGUCACUCACAUUUGGCACUAGUUGUUUGCCAUGGGUUAUCGCUAAUCUGAGGUGCUUGUAACCUGUAUCUAAUUUGUGUAGACUGCACAAUAAUAUACUAAAAGUAUAUAUUUACUGCAUCUAGGUUGAAAUUUUAGGUUGAAAUUUUUUAUUUAAAUAAAAACAUACUACAAAAGUUACAAAAGGCACAAAAAGUACAAUGUUACAAAAAUAGAGAAGUACACCAUCCAAUAUUUACAAGGUAUCAAAAUGCCGAAUGUACACACAUUUACAGGAUUCCCAAGCUUUACAAAUCAAAUUUACAGAAAGAACAUUCUACAGACUUCUCCUUGAUAGGUUCAUGCCAUGCGUCUCACCAACAUUUUCCAUGUAUGAGCGGUAUACGUACAUUACGUGAUCGGGGCAUGAGCCCCACUCAACCACGGCCACAAUUUCCUCCUUACUGCGUCUAGGGCAGUGAUGGCGAACUUUUUAGAGACCGAGUGCCCAAAC